GAUCUUCCUAUUGAAUUUCUUCAGUUUAUGUUGGAAAAAGAAGGGUUAUUAUCCAAGAGAAAAAAAUAUCUAAUCAGAAUUUUUAUUUUGUCGUCUCUUGGUAGAAAUAAUCAAGCUGGGCUCAACGCUCAGUGUAACGUGAGUGUAUGUAACGAUGGCAACUGCAAAGAGAGUAAUCGAGGACGGUGUGGUGGCUAAAUUGUUAGCAUCUGUAGCCGAUGUGAAAUUGCUAGCUAGUUAGCGGGGUGUGCACUAAUAGCGUUUCAAUCGGUGACAUCACUCGCUCUGAGACCUUGAAGUAAGGGAAACUACUUGGAAAUACUGGAUUUAAUGGCUGAGUAUGACAGCACGUUAAACUGCCAUUUGGCUACGGCUACCAUGUUCACAGGCACUUCAAGCAAAAUGACCUAGUGCAAACGGUUGCGAAUGUAAUGACAUAUGUCAUGAGGGAAGAAUUGAAGAAAACCCACUUUGGAACCAUCAUGGUUGACUCAACAAGACAUCAGCAAUGUAACCCAAAUAUCUUACGUGUUGCGUUACACACACCGAAAUGUUUUUCAAAUGUGAGGAUGUAACUGAGGAUAAACAGGAAAAAGCGUUUGCUGCCCUAAUUAUCAGCUUUUUAGAGGAGCGUGAAUGCACGGCCAAAGUUGUGGCACAGUGUUACGAUUGGGCCGCAGUCAUGGCCUCUGGUAUAAACCGAGUACAAGCCAAGAUGAAAGAAACAGAGCUUGCGGUAUAGUUCAUUCAUUGCUAUGCGCACAUUCUUAAUCUGGUGAUGUCACAAGGUACCGGUAAACUAAAAGAAUGCAAGAUUUAUUUUCUCAUUUUUGUGGCCUAGCAGCUUUUUUCUCAAGAUUUGUCAAACGAACAAAACUACUGGAUGAAAUAUGCCAGCAAAGACUACCCUGAGUGGCGCCACUACGAUGGAACUUCUCCUCACGCUUAGUUUGCACUGUGUAUGAAAAAUUGGCGUAACCCAUUGAACUCUUUGAAUACAUAGUGGACCAUCACGAUGACUCUGAUGAAGACACUGUUCACAGCUCAGAUGGAUACAUGAUGCACCUGACAAGCUUCGAGUUCUGCUUCCUGCUAUCCGCGUUCUACUCCAUAUUUGCAUACACCAAUGCUCUGUUUGGAAUAUUGCAGAACAGGGAGUUUGACAUACAGCUCUACUUAUCCAUGGUGGACGACUUCUGCAACACCACAGAGAUGGAAAAGGAACAUUCAAUUCCAUCUACGAGGACACUGUGAGUGAGACCGGAGUUCCAAGGGGGCGCAGAACACAUAUGCAAGGAGACGUUCGUGGGCAGUACCAACAACUACACAGUGCGAUCAUCGACAGCAUUGUCACUCAGCUAAGAAACAGAUGUACUGUGGAUAGCAAGGUAUCGCGGGUGGCUUGGCUCAACCGCACCACCAUUCUCUACGCGGGGGCUGACAAGUGGUCUCUGGACCCUCGAGUGGUCCGAAUGGACAACACACCCGUGACAGAGUACAGCAUAAAGAUCCAGAACGUGAAUGUACACGACGAGGGGCCCUACGUGUGCUCCAUCCUCACAAGCAACAAACCCAAAUCAUCCAAAGUGCAUCUCAUCGUUCAAGUACCUGCGAAGAUCACAAAUAUAUCGACGGACAUCACAGUGAACGAGGGCAGCAAUGUAACUCUCAUGUGUCUGGCCAUUGGACGACCAGAGCCUAACAUCAUAUGGAAACAUCGCUCUGCAAAAGGACACAAAUUUGUCACUGAAGGGGAAUAUGUUGAUAUGACAGCGAUCACUAAAGAACAGUCGGGAUCGUAUGAAUGCAUCUCCUCCAAUGACAUCUCAGCCCCAGAUGUGAAGACAGUGAAAGUCACAGUCAAUUAUGCUCCCUUCAUUUUGAAGGCUGGGAGUACAGGUACCCCAGUGGGCCAAAAAGGGGUGCUCCAAUGUGAGGCCUCUGCUGUUCCUGGUGCAGAUUUUGAGUGGUACAAAGAGGACCGCAGACUCCUAAAUGGACUGAAUGGGAUUAAGAUAGAGAACCAAGGUAAACAAUCCAUGCUUAUGUUUUUGAAUGUUUCUGAAGAGGACUAUGGAAACUACACGUGUGUGGCCAUGAACACCAUGGGGAUCACCAAUGCAAGCAUAAUCCUCUACGGUCCCGGGACUAUGAUGCAUGAUGUGAACAGGGCUGCCCUGUCGCCCCACUGCUCCUUUUGCCUCCUGCUGACUGUUUUCUUGUUGUUCCUGCUCAAGUUUUGAUGCAACACGGUUCAUCCUCAGCUUUACUCAGCACUGAACAACAACAAGACUCUUGGUCCCAGAAGAAGAAAAGUAACAAAAGGAACUACCAAUAACAUCGUUGGUUCACCCUUCUUUUUUUUUUUGGUAUGCAUUGGCGGUAUGUCUUCAUUUGGACAAAAACCAGAAGACGGGACACGUCUAGGGUGGUGGGGAGGGAGAGGGUCGACAUGGAUGCUGAUCUGAGGUGAUGGUAGUACUACAGAAUUUGUGUCAAUCUAAACUUUUAUAUGUAAAAAAAGGGAAACAAAAAGUUCAUGUAUGUGUUGAUAGUUGACUGGUUUUACCCAAAUAUUGAGGUGUACAUUCGGAUUACUGGUGUGUCAUGUCCUGUUUGAUCUCUGUACAAUAACAUAAGUUUUUCUUAAGUAAACAACAAAAAAAUGAAAACAUAAAUUGUGAUUGUUGAAUUUACUGUAUUUUUACAGUUGUAUGCAACAGAAUAAUAACAAAAACAGACCAUUCAAUAUAAACAAUGUCAACUUCAGUGUAACAUAGUGUGCUAUCAUUUCUGAGGCAGAACAAUACAAUAUCAAAUAUUUAUCGAAUUUUUGUCACAAAUGAAGUCCAAGCACUGCAAAACAAACAUGAUUAAAACAUAAACAGAA